AUGCCUUUGGCGAGUAAAAUAUUUACGGGCUAUCGUGCCUUAGGAUACGUAAGUAAUCACGUUCCAUUGGCGAUCAGAUACCAAGAGAAAACAAAAGAGCAUUAUGUCAUCACAAGCGUCGGUAAAAGUUUUCACACUUACAAUUGUUCCAAGCUUGGCAUCACAGACAUUAGUGACAGACAUGAGGAUGAUAUCACGUGUCUUGUUGCUAAUGACCGCCAGGUGUUCACAGCUAGUAAAAAUGUCAUCCGUGCCUUUCAUCGGGGUAAACAGGUUAUUCGAACAUAUGAAGGCCAUCAAAGAAACGUUCAUCUUUUGCUUCCAUUUGCUGAUCAUCUCAUAUCAGUUGAUGAAGACAGUUGUGUCAAAAUUUGGCACAUCAAAACAGCAGAGUUAUAUUUGGAAAUUGGAUUUUCAAACAGCACUUUUCAGGUGACUUCACUGGUCCAUCCAGUAACCUAUUUAAACAAAAUUCUUUUCGGGAGCAAACAAGGAACCAUGCAGCUUUGGAAUCUGAAAAGCAAUAAACUUAUUUACAGUUUUACUGGCUGGAAGUCCAAAAUUACCGUUCUUCAACAGGCUCCUGCAGUUGAUGUAAUUGGAAUUGGUCUUGAAGAUGGCCGUAUCAUUGUGCACAAUAUCCGGUAUGAUGAAACAAUUGUAAAGUUCUCUCAAAACUGGGGAGCAGUCACUACAAUUUCUUUCAGAUCAGAUGGCCAUCCUAUUAUGAUCACAGGAAGUGCUCCUGGUCACAUUGUAUUGUGGGAUUUGGAGCAGAAACGUAUAAAGUGCCAGGUUAGAGAUGCUCAUCGAUCCUCUGUAAGUGGGAUGUAUUGUUUACUCUCAGAGCCACUUAUGGUUACCUCAUCUGGAGACAAUACGCUUAAGGUUUGGAUAUUCGAUAUGCCUGAUGGUGGACCUCGUUUACUAAGACAAAGGGAAGGUCAUAGUGCCCCACCGGUUAAAAUCCAACACUAUGGAGAAAACGGACAAAAUAUCCUCAGUGCAGGUCAAGACAGUACACUUCGAUCUUUCUCAAUUGUUCAUGACAAAUACAACAAAAGUUUAGGAAGUGCUUUAUUCCACAAGAAACGUUUGAAACAACCAAAUUUAACAAAAGAAGAUAUUAAAAUGCCUCCUAUCACAGCAUUUGCUGCAGAGCCACGCCGUGAAAGUGAUUGGGACAAUAUCUUGGCAUGUCACCGUGGUCGAAGGAUGGCUACUACAUGGAGCUACCUGCGUUCAACUAUGGGCAAAUACAAAUUUGACCAUUUCAAGCGAUCACGAGACAGAGAAAACCAUCAUGACACAACAGCAACAGCUGUAGAAGUGACGUCAUGUGGUAACUUUGGUUUGAUUGGCUAUAGCUCUGGUCACGUUGACAUGUAUAAUCUUGAAUCUGGUUUAUACCGAGGAUCAUAUGGAACACCAACAGCUCACAAUUGUGCCAUCCGAGGUGUUGUGGUAGAUGCAGUGAAUCAGGUGACUGUCACUGGUGGAGCAGAUGGAACACUUAGAUUCUGGAAGUUUAAGGCCAAACAAAUGUUGCAUGAGUUGAAAUUGGAUUGCUUCAUCUCCAAAAUGAUUCUCCAUCGAGAAAGUGCUAUGCUUGCUGUGUCAUUGGAUGAUUUAUCAGUCGUUGUGAUUGACAUGGAAACAAAAAUUGUGAUCCGUGUAUUUUCAGGACAUCAUCAUCAAAUCACAGAUAUGACUUUUAGCCCUGAUGCUCGGUGGCUAAUAACCUCAUCAAUGGAUUCUCUUAUAAGAACUUGGGACUUACCUUCAGGAAAAUUAAUAGACUGUUUUGAAGUGGACACCCCAGUUUCCUCGCUCAGUAUGUCUCCCACUGGAGAGUUCAUAGCCACAUCUCAUGUUGAUGACAUUGGGAUAUACUUAUGGUCAAACAAGACACUCUAUGAACAUGUUUCAUUACAAGCCCUUCCUGAUGACUUCAUACCAAUGUUGAUAGAGAAUCCUAGUACUUGCAGUAAAACUCACGAACUUGAUGAUGAAUAUUCAACAGAAGAACUUGAUUCUUUAUCGUCACCUUACAAAUCUCCAGAACAAAUUAGCAAUGAACUGAUUACAUUGUCACUGUUGCCGUCAUCUCGCUGGCAAAAUCUUCUCAACUUGGACAUCAUACGUUUGAGGAACAAACCAAAAAUGCCUCCAAAGAAAUUAAAAGCUGCUCCAUUUUUCCUGCCAACAAUUCCAGGCCUUAAAUUAAAAUUUGCUUCACAAAAAGAUGCCAUUGAAAAUAACAAGGUGGCUUCUCGUAUAUCGUUUGGACUAAAACAAAAUCUAACUGAAUUUGGAAAAGGCCUUCAAAAUGCAGAAACUGAUGAUGAUUUUGAUAAUGUUUUGGAUAACUUGAAAGAGAUGGGGCCAUCAUCAAUUGAUCUUGAAUUACGAGGCUUGGCUCCCAGUGAAGGAGGUUCGAGUCAAGUGCUGCUACAGUUUGUUAAGAUGAUCAGUCAUAUGUUGGACAAAAAACAGGAUUUUCAAUUAACUCAAGCUUAUCUUGGAUUGUUCCUACAGCUUCAUUUUAAUGAGAUCAGCUUAAACACUGAAUUAUGUGAACAACUUCGACUCUUGUACAUGAAGAACAGUGCCAUCUGGGAAGAAUUACAGCGCCAGUUUUCACAGACCAAUUGCCUUAUUGAUUACCUUAGGGCUGCCAAAUUCUGA